AUGAAGACAAUUUUGCUAAUUGCCUUGAUUGCAGUAGCCUUCACCGCCAGAGUGCAAGAGAGAAAUCUUGCUAAAAUUACAACAGACCUCAAAUAGAGCACAUAUGGAAGUGCUUUGCUUCACUUAGUUGAGCUCCAUUCAAUGGCUGGAGGUCCAGUUUAAGAAUUAAUCGAUGCUAUUGAAGAACUUAUUAAUGAUCUUGAAGAGGAAUUAGAAGAAUUAGAAUUCAAUUUCUAAGUCAGAACCAACGAGCACAAUUCAUUAGUUGUUAGCCUCGAAUAAGACAUAUAAGAUGCUGUUAUUGAUGUUAAUAAUACAUAAGACACAUUAGAUAAUUUAUUGUUCCCAAGAAGAGUAUAACUCCAAGCCAGAAUUGAAUAAAUUUAAGAUAACUAAGAAGCUAAUAGAAAGAACUACGAUGAAGCUAUUCUAGUAAGAGAAUAAGAACACGAAGAUUUUGAAUUCUAAAUUGCUGAAUUGAAUGAUGCAACCACUGCUGUUGAUGAUGCUCUUGCUCUUCUUUAAACCCUUACAAACCCAUCACUUCUUUAAGUUAAAAGAUUCUAAAACUCAUUGAAAAACAUUGAAGCAAAAAUCAAGUCAAGAUCCAAGAUGGCUCCAAUGAUCAAGGCUCUUAUUUCUUUAGCAUCAAACUAAAAUUUUUCUGACUAAGGCAUUAUUGGUUAAAUCGUUGAUGCCCUUAAUGAAUUCAGAAACGCUAUUGUUGAUUCUAUCAAUGCUUAAACAGCUGCCGAGGCCUAAGCUUAAGCUGAUCAUGAAGAAUAUCUUGAAUAAUUAGAUGAUGAAUAUGCUGAAUUCUAAAGAUAAAUUAACAGAGUCAAUGUUGAUUUGACAGCCACCAACGAAAAGAUUGAUUAAAUGACUGAAUUCAGAGACUAAAGAGAUGCAGACAGAAAAUAAUACACUGCAGAACUUGAAUUAGAAAACAACACCUAUGCAGAAGAAACCGACACAUACACUAACUUAAAGAAUGAAUUCACUAGAGAACUCGGAAUCAGCGAAUAAGCUUUAUCUGUUGUCUAAAGCGCUGAUUUCUCAAACAUCUAAGUUUGAUAAGAAUGAAUUAUACAGGUUUCUUCUUAUUCAACCAUAAUUAUUUGUUUAUAUUUUCUUUU